AUGUUAUUCUACCGAACCGCCCUCCUCCUCCUCGCGGGCCGCCUCAGCGCCGCGUCGGUGCUCUCUCCGCACAGCAUCUGCAGCGAAAGCGCCAAGCGCAUCUGCUACGAGGACGACGGCGGCGAAUCGCAGGGCCUCGACCGGGCGCACGUGCAGUACGUCGCCGACUACCUGCGGUUCCUCGGGCGCUCCGGCGACACGCCGUUCUGGACGAUGCCGCGCGAGGAGGCGGGCGGCUGCGGCGAGUGGACGCUGCCGGUGCCCGGGGCCGCGCCGGUGCUGCCGCUGGCCAAGCAUACGAGCCCGUGGCUCGCGUCGUCGGUGCUGUACGAGGACCUGGCGGCGGCCGUCGACGGCGACGGGGGCCUGCUGGCGUGCGGUGACGCCGGCGGCCAGGUCGGGGUCGUGGCCAACGUGACGAAUCCGCUGUACGAUGGCGAGGAGUAUAAGAAGACGGGCGCGAAACCGGAGGGUAUCUUGAUGAAGCUGGUGAGAGCCCCUCGGGACUAG